AUGAUCUGCAGUGAGAACCAGCGGCUGUGAACCCUCCUAAGCCGCAUGCCGCUGAAACUGCAUCACCGGGGCAACGCCAGUAGCCUGGGCGCUGGCCCGGGACACAACAUGGGCUUGGGGGUCGUUCCUGACCCCUUUCUGGGGCGUGAGGUGACCAGCGCCAAGGGCGACCAUGCCUGUCUUUACAUUCUGCUCAUCAAGAUCUUCUACACCUGUCUGGCUGGAGGCCUCAUCCUGGCCUAUACCCACUCUCUCAGGCUCAUUGAAGCCAAGGAUGAGCCAUCCCAACCCCACCCCGAACACCACGUCCUGGCCGCCGCAGCCCAACUGCUGGCUGAAGGCCGCUGCCCACCCUUGCCCAGAGCACCCAGGGGGUCUAGAACCACAGCAGCAGCUCGCUCAUGCCUUCAUCAUCUCCCUUAUCCUGGGUGCAGUCCUUGA